AUGGGGUUUGAACCUUUUCCUACUACUAACUGGUCUCUCCUGCCAGUUCCAUCUGAAACUCUUCUUUCUCCCAAAUCUUCUAUAUCUUUGAGAGAGGAGGCUCCUGCUGCCGGAGGAGGACAUCCGUCGGGGCGCCGCUUCCUCUUCGACCUGGCCUCUCUGCCGGAGGGGGACGAAGUGCUGGGGGCCGAGCUGAGGGUCCUGCGCCGAGCCCCACCACUGCCACUAACAGACGGAGCCGCCGAGGGAGCCGAGGGAGCUGGCGUCGGAGGGUCCCCCGGGGGUCUGCUGCUGGACUGGCGUCGGGGGCCCCCCUCGGACCAGGGCCCGCACUGGGAGGUCUUCGAGGUGGGGGCCCAGGCCUUGAAGGAAGCAGCGGGCCCAAGUCUUUGCCUGCUGCUGCAGGCGGAGUCCUGGGAUGCCCCUGCGGGGAGGGUGCUGUCGGUGUCCGGGCUGGGCUUGGGCCGGGACUCGGAGCCCCCGCACCUUCGGGCGCUGCUGGUGGUCUUCUCCCGGGCCAAGAGGAAGGAGAGCCUCUUCCAGGAGCUCCGGGAGAAGGCCAGGGCCCUGGGCAGCGCAGGGAGCCAGGAGAGUGGACGGCCAAAGGGGCGACAGCAGCAUCAUGCCCCCGGGGGACGUCGGAGGCGCAGGACCACCUUGGCCGGCAGGGCGGCAGCGGCAGCCUCCUCCUCCUCUGCAGCCUCCUCUGCAGCAUCCUCAUCCCAGUCUUCCUCGCCGUCGGGGCCUCGCGGGGGCCAAGGCAAGAAGUCCCGGAGCCGGUGCAGCCGCAAGGGUCUGCAGGUGAACUUCAAGGCCUUGGGCUGGGACGACUGGAUCAUCGCCCCCUUGGACUACGAGGCCUUCCACUGCGAGGGCGCCUGCGAGUUCCCGCUGCGCUCCCACCUGGAACCCACCAACCACGCCAUCAUCCAGACCCUGAUGCACUCCAUGGACCCCGAGGCCGCCCCCCCCAGCUGCUGCGUCCCGGCCAAGCUCAGCCCCAUCAGCAUCCUCUACAUCGACGCCGGAAACAACGUCGUCUACAAGCAGUACGAGGACAUGGUGGUCGAGGCCUGCGGCUGCAGGUAGCCCAGGAGGACCUCCCCUGGAAGCCCCUCCGCACCGCAGAACUCUCCCCGACACCCACCCGUCACAUUUGGGGUC